AUGAUGCAGAGGCAGCUCUUGAAGAAGCUCAGUUUCAGACCUCCCAAUGGCGUCACUCAAUUCAAUCAACGGAGAGAGAUGCACAGCAGGAACAAGAAGGCCAUGGAGUUGAUAGCCAAAGGGUGGAGUGCUUUGAAAGAAGUGGACAGAGUUAUCGAUUACUGCGAGCUCAAUGGCCGCCGUCUCAUCCCUCUGUUAAGGGCAGCAAAGGAAAACUUUGAGCUGGCUCUGGAAGCUGACAAUUCAAACACCCAUGCCAGGUUUUGGUUGUCCAAACUGCAUUUGAAAUACCAUGUCCCGGGGGCUUGCAGAGCCGUAGGAGCUGCUCUGUUAAUUGAAGCCGCAAAUAUGGGUGAUCCGGAUGCGCUGUAUGAACUAGGUUGUAAGCUUAGAGUCGAAAAUGAAUACGUCCAAUCGGAUCAACAAGCUUUCCAUUAUCUGGAGAAGGCUGUGGACCAGCUGCACCCAGGUUUACCUUCUGGGGCAUCGGACAAGGGGCAUGCUGGUGCAGCUAUAGCAUUUAGGUCUCUUAUUCUUAGAGAUGUUGAAAUCCCAGAAUCUGUGACCAAGCUAACUUCAAAGAGGGGUUCUUUGGCCAGGACGGCAAGAAAGAAUGGAGAAAGCCUUGUUACCGAUCCUGUAGAGAUGGGAAGAGCACGGUUCCAGAUUGCUGCGAAAGGAGGAUGUGAUUUAGGACUCAAAUGGUUGGAAAGACUUGAGGAGGAAGAGAAGCAACUAUUGACUGGAAGUGAAAUGGUUGAACAGACUUGA